UGCCCUAGCAGUUAGGGGGAGGCACUUGCACGCCCAGUCUUCCAAUGGGUACAAAAAUGAGGGUGAAGGGCCUCCGUGCCCGGCGAUGGAGGCCCUCCAUACCCUCUCUUCUGGCUGUCCUGGGACUUCUCCCCAAACAUCCUCCUCAGCUGGUUUCUGCGCUGUCCGUGGGGUACAUUGGAACUGGGGAUCCCAGGUGUCCCCAGCCCUCAUCCCUAUACGUGCCGGCACUCGGAUGAGGAGACUCCAUAGUGGGUUUUCACCUGUCUCGGUGAGGCCCCCUCCUCCACUUCCGCUUCACCCCAGAGCGACCAUCGCGCCUCAGGCCGCCGCUCCCUUGUUCCAUCGCAGCGCCAGGGGGCGUGGUCACGGCCGCAAACUGUCUAUAAAGGUGGCAGUGCCUUCACCCUCACUCUGGAGGUGACAGUUCCUUGGAGCCUUCACUGAUCUUCUUUGGGGUCCCUGGCUCCAGAGACCACUCUUCCCAGGUCAGCACAGCCACAGCAGCUCCCUUACCAUCUCUACGCUGAUCAUGUUUUCUGUGUUCGGACUCACCAUCCCCAUCUCGGUCACCGAGCUUCUCCUGGCCUCUGCCAUCUUCUGCCUGGUAUUCUGGGUGGUCCGCGCCUGGCGGCCUCGGGUCCCCAAAGGCCUGAAGAGUCCACCGGGGCCCUGGGGCUGGCCCCUGCUCGGGCACAUGCUGACCCUGGGGAAGAACCCACACCUGGUGCUGUCACGGCUGAGCCAGCGUUAUGGGGACGUGCUGGAGAUCCGCAUUGGCUGCACACCUGUGCUGGUGCUCAGCGGCCUGGACACCAUCCGGCAGGCCCUGGUGCGGCAGAGCGAUGAUUUCAAGGGCCGGCCUGACUUCUACAGCUUCACCCUGGUCUCUGGUGGCAACAGCAUGACCUUCAACCCAGACUCUGGACCAGUGUGGGCUGCCCGCCGGCGCCUGGCCCAGAACGCCCUGAAGAGUUUCUCCAUCGCCUCGGACCCGGCUUCCAUGUCCUCCUGCUACCUGGAGGAGCAUGUGAGCAAGGAGGCCGAGUACCUCAUCAUCAAGUUCCAGGAGCUGAUGGCAAAAGUUGGACACUUUGACCCCUACAGGUAUGUAGGGGUGUCAGUGGCCAACGUCAUCUGUGCCAUAUGUUUUGGUCAGCGCUAUGACCACGAUGACCAAGAGCUACUUAGCAUAGUCAACCUGAUUGACGAGUUUGGGAAGAUAACUGCAUCCGGGAACCCGGGCGACUUCCUCCCUAUCCUCCGUUACCUGCCCGGCUAUACCCUGGAUGCCUUCAAGGACCUGAAUGAGAAGUUCUUCAUCUUCACGCAGAAGAUGGUUAAGGAACACUAUAAAACAUUUGAAAAGGGCUACAUCCGGGACAUCACAGACAGCCUGAUCGAGCACUGUCAGGACAGGAGACUGGAUGAGAAUGCCAACAUCCAGCUGUCGGAUGAGCAAGUUGUUACUGUCGUCUUGGACCUCUUUGGAGCUGGCUUUGACACAGUCACAACUGCCAUGUCCUGGAGCCUCCUAUACCUGGUGACAGCCCCCAACGUGCAGAAAAAGAUCCAGGAGGAGCUGGACACAGUGAUUGGCAGCGGACGGCAGCCCCGGCUCUCCGACAGACCCCAGCUGCCGUAUAUGGAGGCCUUCAUCCUGGAGACCUUCCGACACUCUUCCUUUGUCCCCUUCACCAUCCCCCACAGUACAACAAGAGACACAAGUCUGAGUGGCUUUUAUAUCCCCAAGGGGCGUUGUGUCUUUGUGAACCAGUGGCAGAUCAAUCAUGACCAGAAGCUGUGGGACAACCCAUCUGAGUUCCGGCCAGAGCGGUUUCUCACCUCCGAUGGCACUAUUGACAAGGCACUGAGUGAGAAAGUGACUCUUUUUGGCCUGGGAAAGCGGAAGUGCAUUGGUGAGACCAUUGCCCGCUUCGAGGUCUUUCUCUUCCUGGCCAUCCUGCUGCAGAAGCUGGAGUUCAGCGUGCCACCGGGUGUGAAGGUGGACAUGACCCCCAUCUAUGGGCUGACCAUGAAGCACGCCUGCUGCCAGCACUUCCAGGUUCAGUUGCGCUCUUAGGGGACCGAGAGCCCUGAAGCCUGGGCUCUGUCUUCCUGGCCCAGCUUCCCGGACAGGCCAGCAGCUGACCCAGUGAGGUCUAAGCUUUGGUCUGAAACCCACAGAUAUUGUUCUGGCUGAUUUUUUGCUGUCUGGCUGUGGGCAAGCCUGAGGGAUCGUGCCUGCCCUCUACCCUGGACUUUCCCCUCUGCAUCCUGACUGCAGACAGUGGACACUGCAGGGGCCACACAGGUGUUGACGGCACCUUCUGAAGUAGUGCUUGAGAUAGGAGGCCUGUCGGGUUGGGAGGUUCUCAGGCCUCUGGAAACCUCUGAGGAGCUCUCUGGAAGCCCCGGGCCCAGCAGCUGGCUGGCUCUCUGUGGGGGUUGACUGGCUUGAGAAACACUGAGAACAAACCAUACCAGAAUCUGUCCAACCUCUUUGCCGAUCGGGAACCAUCAAGAGUGAAGGGAAGAGGCAGCCCAGGAGACUGACACAGAGGUGGUCUCCCCGCUUAGACAAAGCUGAGCAAUCUGACCACACUGGUCUGGGACACUGCCUACGGGGACCGACGUCCUCUAUGCAGGCCGUCGCAGAGCUGCUUCCUGGCCUUCCGAGGCCUCGUUCCUGCCCAGGAGGAGCAGAGAGCAGAGGCGUCCCAUAUCCAGACACCGUCACCAGAUCGGGAGUGAGGGUGUGGUAAUCCAGUCAUCUUCUACUGGUCUCCUUUCUCUAUGCCCUGUAUUAACACGUCUUUUUAAAAUGUUUGUAUGCAAGCAGCUUUUCAUUUUAGCCUGCAUUUAUAUUUGCAUGUUUGCACUUAUCAUGUAAGAGCUUAAGAACAAUUUAUUGAAUGCGAUAGAAAAUUCAUGCCCACGUGUCCAGAAACGUGUAGGAAACAUCUUCCUGAGCUAAAUAAAGAUAUUAUCCAGAAGUCCUAUAGGUGGAGGUUUCUGAAUCAUCAAUGAAGCCAUUGUUCAUCCACAUUCCCACCCGUGCCCAAUCUUGUAACAAGUUUUCCUGUGGGAAGAAGAGGAGGAGGCGGGGAGGAGGCAAAGCCACUGGUCUCGGCCAGCUCACACGCGGGCUGGGGACACUGCCUCCCUCCCUCUCUAACCGACCACACACUGAUGGCAGCACUGUCUGGACCAGGCACUAGAGAUCAAGUGGAUAAAACCUGGUCCCUG